UCCCAUCCCGCCUAUGCCCCUGACCCUUCUGCCCAGUGGCGGCCAAACAUCAAGAGAGAGAGAAAAAACCAGGCCUCAACCUCGUUGCGGAUUGGGCCGGCCCAAGGUGGCCAGGUGGGAAGAUGAAGCAGUCCCUGGUGGAUGACACAGAGGAUGUGUCUCUUGAUUUUGGAAAUGAAGAGGAAAUGGCAUUGAGGAAAGCUAAAAUCAGGCAUCCACUGGCCACCUUUUUCCACCUCUUUUUCCGAGUGAGUGCUAUCAUUACCUACUUGUUCUGUGACUGGUUCAGCAAAAGCUUUGUUGCCUGUUUUGUCACUAUUCUCCUUCUUCUGUCCUUUGACUUUUGGUCUGUCAAGAAUGUGACAGGAAGACUCAUGGUUGGCUUACGCUGGUGGAACCAGAUAGAUGAAGAUGGAAAAAGUCAUUGGAUUUUUGAAGCCAAAAAGGUCUCUUUAAAUAAUUCAACUGGAACAGAAGCUGAAGCUAGAAUCUUCUGGCUUGGUCUAAUUAUCUGUCCAUUGAUCUGGACUGUAUUCUUCUUUAGCACCUUAUUCUCCCUGAAGCUCAAAUGGCUUGCACUUGUAAUUGCUGGAAUCUCCCUCCAAACUGCUAAUCUAUAUGGAUAUAUCCACUGUAAAAUAGGAGGACAAAAAACUAUCACCAAGGUCACAUCAAGGUUUCUAUCCCAGACAGUAUUUCAGAGCGAGUGUCAAGAUGAAUUUCAAAAGCCCAGUCUAGAGAGAAUGGAAAUACACAAAAAUUAAAUGAGAAGCAGAGGCUCUUCAUUACCUCCAGAUUAAGGUUCUAACACUAAACUAGCAUUGUGAUCCACUGAGUAAUUUGGCUCCAUUUCUCUUUUCAACCUUCCCGGUCUUACUGUACCUUGAACAAGCUAUGCAUACUUCUUGACUUGGGCCUCAUUUAAUCCUCAUCUUUCCCCCCCCCUGCAGCUUUUCUUGGCUGCUUCCACUCUAGUGCCCUCAUAUGAAUUCAUAACUCUUAAAUAAAUAAGUACCACUUAUUUGGUACUUAUAGACCAUCUUUUGACUUCUUGCUAGUAUAAUGGAAAAGUGCUGGACUAAGAUGACUGGUUCAACUAAACUACUUACUAUUUAGUAUUAUAUUGAGUAAGCUUCCUUUCUGGUAAAAUGGAGAUAAUAUUAUGUUAUGCUUCUCAGUGUUGCAAGGAUCAAAUGAGAAUAUAUGUAAAAGCACUUUGUAAACUUCUGUACAAAUAAAUGCAAAGUAGUGUUAUGUCCAAACCAGACAGUAUACUCCUUGAGAUCUCAGUUGUCUGUAUCUUCCUCAGUGCCUGGCACACUGUAGGUGCUCAAGAGUUUACUAAAUAUAUAAAUAACCAUUUGUUGGAUUUUCCUGAUUAAAAACAGUUGUAAUUCUCACACUGUUUAGCAGUUUUAUAAAUGGUAGGGUCAAUCAAGAGCUGACAAUAUAUGUGAAUGCUUACCUCUCUUCCCCCUCUUCCCAAGAAACUUUAGUCUUAUAAAAUCUUAGGAAAAUGUAAGCCACAACUGUUGGAGAUCUUAUACAAAGGUACAGAAUGGAUACAAUCUGGGUAGGUGGAGGGAGAAUCCAUACCAUCGAAAUAACAGAUUCUUAAAGGACAUUGAAUAUAUUAAUUUAAAUUUUUCUUUCUUCUUUUUUUUCUUUUUUUGAGAGGAUUGGGAAAAUUAGAUGAAA